AUGCUGCUUGUCCGCUCGCCGUCGCUCCUCUCCCUGCCUCCUUCCUGCGUGUCGUGCCAUGCCAUCAGAACACACCCUUUCGUAAGUAACCCUCUUUCCCUGGCGCCUUCCUCAUCCUCUUUCUCCUGUCUCGUUUCUCACUCUCCUUCUCCUCUUUCUCCUGUCUCGUUUCUCACUCUCCUUCUCCUCUUUCUCCUGUCUCGUUUCCCACUCUCCUUCUCCUCUUUCUCCUGUCUCGUUUCUCACUCUCCUUCGUUCGCAGCCAGUGGGGCUGGUGUGGAAGCAACGACUCCUUCUGCGGUGCGGGAUGCCAGAACGGGCCGUGCUCUGGUGAGGAGAAUGGUUCAGAUGAGUCAGAUGAUAAAUGUGCUCUGGUGA